UCUCUUAAAUCCUAUCCAGGCACCGAAAACCCACAUCAUUUACACAAGGCCAAUGGCCGUCAUUAGGAUUACACCUUCCCGUCUUCCGACGCUGGUCGUCCUAGCUCUUAUAUUGAGCCAGGCCCAAACUGACCCCGAUCCGCUUCAAGAUUACUGCAUUGCGGACAUGAGAAACCGGCAUUCUUUUUGGGUCAAUGGUGCACCCUGCAUUGACCCAGAUUCAGCUAGCAUUUCCCACUUCACCACCUCUGCUCUAUCCAAGCCAGGCAACCCAAAGGCCAACCGAUUUGGGUUCAAUGUCACGCUCACAAACAUGGCCAAUUUGCCGGGGCUCAAUACGAUGGGCUUGACCAUGGCUAGAAUCGAUAUUGUGGGCAGCGGGCUGGUGCCACCCCACUCGCACCCGAGGGCCUCGGAGGUGACCAUUUGCCUCGAGGGGGUGAUCGGUGUCGGCUUUGUGGACACUUCCAACCGCCUGUUUACGCAAAUACUGCGACCGGGCGAGUCAUUUGUAUUCCCUAAAGGUCUGAUUCACUACCUCUACAACUUUGAUUCGACAAACUCAGCAUUGGCCAUCUCAGGGCUCAGUAGUCAAAACCCAGGUGUCCAAAUUGCUUCACUUGCUGCGUUCAUGUCAAAACCAGGGAUACCUGACGAAGUAUUAGGAACAGCGUUCCAGAUUACGCGGCAAGACAUAGCCAAAAUCCGCAAGAACCUUGGAGGAUGAAAACUGUUAGGGUUUAAUUGUGUAGGAUGGAUUUGAUCAGUUGACUUGUAUUAAUGGUGAGCUUGAAUAUGAGAGCUUGUUACGUUGUGCUA